GUUUUAAGAUAGGGCUGAAGGAAGAGCUGACAGAUCUUUGCUGUCAAAAAUAUAUAUGCUUUUAAUAGCAUUUACAAAAUACUUUAUUUUGAAUACCUUGACACAUCUGUUAUUUGUACCAUGUAAUUCUGGAGACCAAUGGCUUAUUGUUAGAUUUUCCAGUGUUGACCACAUGAUCCUCUCCUGCUCUACACAGGGUACCCACUGAGCGAUGUCUUUGAGCCUUGUUUUGAACCUGAUGCUAUCACUAGGAAUGAUUGCAAGGAUCUGAAAUGAUGGCAGAAGAUUUAGAAAAGUUUAUUGAAGAUCAGAAGGCCAAGUUGGCACAAGAUAAGGCAGAGCUUGAAAAUGAUCCACCUUACAUGGAAAUAAGGAAUAAGGAAUCAGAGAAGCUUUCUGAGACUGGCAAAAUGUUCAUCUCCAUGUCUAAAGAAAACAUACCUCCAAACAGUCAACAGAACUGUCCUUUAGGUGACUACGGCUGGAGUUUACCUCUGGGAGAAGAGUAUGAACGAAAGAAGCAUAAGCUAAAAGAGGAACUUCGACAAGAUUAUAGGCGGUAUCUCUCUCAGGGUAUUUCGCAGGCAAAAAGAAAGGUAGGGUGCCUGCAAUAUCUUUUUUUUCCCCCCUAUUCAAUUAGUAGCUUUUUGCUUUGUUUGAAAGCUUCAUGCCCUUUGAAUUAAAAAAGAAAUCAUUACUUUUUUUGUGCUUUGUGUAUUUGUUCGUGCUGUAGUGAUUAGUUGUGAUUAAUUGCAUUGCUUGUGUUGUGCAGAAUGAUUGCUUAUUUAUUAUUUUUCAUUAUUAUGAUUUAAAAACAUUUGCUGAUUUCUGUUUUCCUUUGCAUUUGCUGUUGUUACUGCCUAAUGCUGACUGUACAGAAGUUUAUUUUAGUAGACGUUUGCUUCAAGGCAUACGUGAGAUAGAUGUUAAAUAUGUAUAUCUGAACUCAUAAUAAAGAUGGGGUAAAAUAGUGAGCUCUUAAAUAUUAUAAAUGCUCUUGGAAUUACAGUGAAAUCUCAUCAGUGGUUCUUUAGAAAGCGUGGAGCCAGUCAGCAGCGAGUGGUUCAGAAUGCAAGAAUGAAGUAUUUUGAGAAAAACAAUACCAGAGGCACAUCUUUAUGAGCUGCCUUCAGUUGUAGUAAUUCUGCUAUAUACCAUUAUGCUGUCAUGCAUGAUAAUGGUUAACUUUCACAUUUUUAAUGUUGUGUAUCCAGGUUAUUCAGAUUAAGCAACUUCAGUAAAGAACCAGAAGGUAGCAUGGUUAGAAAAUCAAGGGCUGUUCUUUUUUGGACCAUGGAUAACUUGCAUGUGAAUCAUAAUAACUACAUUAAGCAUGCACUGGAAUUCCUGAAUUACAACAGCAAAGCAGGAUGAGCAGUCUUCUUAACCUCUAGUUGAAAUGAUGUGUAUAUAAUUUUUGUUUCUUGUUUAAUUUGGAACUUCAGAAGUUAGAAUAGUGUAUGAAAACUUAAUCAGUUUAAUAAUUCCCACCAAAGCACCUGAAUAAUAAAAUUUUGGAGUUGAGUUUUAAUAUUAUGUUCCCAACUGAAUUCUGUUUUCUACGUAUUUAGGUGUCUAAGCUUUUCAGUUAUGCUAUAUUAAGCUUGUAAAGAUAAUAAUAAUAAUAAUAAUAGAGAUAAAAUAACUAUUUUUUUUCUAGGAAAUGUAGCUUAGUUCUCUGUACUAAUAUAGCUGUCUCUGUGUUUGAAUAUUUGAAUGGUGCUUAAAUCCCUUAAAUCUUAUGUUGUGUAGUUAUGGAAUGUAAGUCAUAAUGGCAUGGUUUUUACCAGAGCACACAGAACUCUUAUCUGUUUACUCUAAGCUUUUAAGCUAAGUUACAGCGUAGAUUAUGGAAGGAUGAUUCCAUUCAAUACCAUAUCUAUAGCAAUACCAUUAAUUCCCCUCAUCAGCCCAAAUCAUAGAAAUAAAUGAGCUUUUUUAAUAAAUAUAUUUAUAAAACUUCAGUUGAUUGACUGAGAGUGGUUUGAGGAUGCUUUUAGUAAAGGAGUGAUGUGUGAAUAGACAGCUAGACCUCAAGGCUGAAAGUGUGUGCCAGUGUUGCUUGGUGUUUGGCUGGAAGGGCUGAUGUUUUGGCCAGCUCUACAGUUCUCAGGCUGUGACCCAGGGAGCUGGGCUAAACAACGCCAUCGUGUUUUCUGCUAGAAACUCAAUGAGAAAGUAACUGAUGUUCCAUGAGGUAUGAGGUUUGGUAAUGGGUUGUUAUCAGGAAAUGUUGCUGAUUGCUGUUGUUGCAAACAGGUAGUAUUGAUAUGAAUCACAGAAUUGUAGGGGUUGGAAGGGACCUCUAGAGAUCAUUGAGACCAACCCC